CGCCCCUCGGCGCCUCGCCGUCGCCCACCCGGACUCCCAUGCGGCGCUGCCCCCCGGCCUUUGGCUGUGGUUUGUGCAGGGAGUAGAAAUGAGAUCGAGUCCGCCCUCGUCCGAAAGCUGCGAGUUCCAGAUCGGUGCCAACAGGCUGAACAUGGCAAAGACAGAAAUGGAAGAACACAAAGAAGUACUGUCUCAGCCUUCUUUAUCCCCCUUGAGUGAAACAAUGGCGGUAUUACAGCAAAUCAGUCCCGAAGGCACCUCAGAUGGCAGUACUGUGGACCCAAUUUACAAAUGCAUUUCGAAUGAUUUACCCAGGAAGUUUAUGGCAACCCAGGCAAAAGCAGUUAUUAAAACUACUGACGACUAUGUGCAGCCUCAGUUUGGCCUCAACAGACUUUUGCAUUCAGCUGCAGUAUCAGAAGGGUCAGGACUUCAAGAUUGCUCCACACAUCAAACAGCAUCAGAUCAGAGCCAUGAUGAAAUAUCAGACCUGGACAGCUACCAAUCAAACAGUAAAAACAAGUCUUGUUUUAUAUCAGCAUCCAAAAGAAACAGACCUGUCAGUGCUCCAGUGGGUCAACUGAGAGUUGCAGAGUUCUCUCCUUUAAAAUCUCAGUCGGCUCAGAAUUGGCAUAGAUCAUCUCAACGACACAAACUUCAACCACAAGUGAUUAAAGUAACAGCUUACAAAAAUGGAUCUAGAGCAGUCUUUGCCCAAGUUACUGCACCAACCAUCACCUUGUUGCUGGAGGAGAGCACAGAAAAGCUGAAUCUGAACAUGGCCGCACGACGAGUGUUCUUGGCAGGCGGCAAGGAAGCCCUCGAACCUGAGGAUAUUCCCCAUGAAGCCGACGUGUAUGUUUCAACAGGAGAGCCCUUUUUAGAUCCAUUCAAAAAAAUUAAAGGUAAAAAUAAAUACCCUACCCCCCCACACACAGAAAUAAUUGCCUUCUAUGUGCAUUAUGGUGUUAUAGAAGAGAUCUAUAAAAAAUUUUAUAGCAAAUCUAAGAAGAAAAUCUUCUGGACAC